AUGCCCAACGGGUUCACAAACUUCCGCUCCUCUCCGGAGCUAGACCAGAGAACGAUGGUGCUCAACUCUCGGAUCAAGAAGAAUGAAGCCAAAGUCACCAGCUCGGCCGCAUCAUUCCAGAGCGACGCGGAGACGCUAAGAGACGUGCCCCAUGAAAAAUCGAUGUUCCGGUCAAUGAUAGCUGCAAUGAAACAUAUCGCGCCGAAGCAGUAG